UUGUGUCGAAAUAUUUAAAUAUUUUAACUUUUCCAAUAUGACUGGUAAUGAGGCUGGACAUGGUGCUAUUGUCAGAAAUAGAGAUUUGAUUGAUGUGUGGAUAGAAGCACCGAGAGGAAAUAGAAAACAGGUGGUUUAUGAAAAGAUAUUAUCUCUUAUUGAUAUAACAGAUGAACCUUCCAAACAUCUUAAAAUUGAUAUGAUGUUAACAAUGUUGGACGGCAGUGUUGUAAACGUUCUAUCAGAGACAAAUUCAACUAUGAAGUGCAUCAUUUGCGGAGCCACACCCAAGGACAUGAACACGUUGACAGGGAUUAACCGUCCUCCUAACGUAGACAAUUACCGGUUUGGUUUGUCAACUUUACACUGCUGGAUUCGUUUUUUUGAAUGCUUACUCCAUAUUGGAUACCGCCUGCCAAUUAAAUCUUGGCAGGUUCGUGGGCCUGAAAACAAAGCUAUAGUCGAAGCAAACAAAAAACGAAUAGAAGCAGAGUUCAGAGCCAAGCUGUCUCUAAUAGUUGACAAACCAAAACCCGGGUAUGGCUCCUCAAAUGAUGGCAAUACGGCCAGAAUUUUUUUCCACAAUCCACAAACAAGUUCAGAUAUCACAGGGGUUGACAGGGAAUUAAUCGAGAAAUUUGCGAUCAUCUUAGGAGUGUUAGCUAGUGGUUGCGCUAUUGAUUUGGAAAAGUUUGCGUCAUUGCUGGAAGAAGCAAGAAAUUUGUAUAUAAUAAUAAUAAUAAUAAUAAUAAUAAUAAAUGGGCUUUAUUUCGUACUUAAGUAA